AUGAUAAGGCUUCCACUUAGCGCGCCUGACCCUAUGUUUCAUAAUGUCGACUGGUCUGGCUUGCAUAUACAUUAUGUCGCAAUCAGCAUCUCAAAUGAGCCGUGCAUAAGCCCAGACGUCAUCCUCAAGCGCACUGGUACGAGUCUCGACCCAGAUGUUCAACCCCCACCGUUGCGUGUGGAGACGUCAGAGUCUUGGACACUUCUAUCCAGGACUGAUCUGCAGACCCGCCCAUCGCAAGAGACUAGUAGCUGGUCUUAG